AUGGCUGAGCUCACAGAUGGGAGUGUAAGCACCAUCUCAUGUUUGCUUGAAACUCGACGUCUUCAAUCCACUUCCGACGUUACCGUCUUCUCUGUACGUUGUACGCCUCCAGAUUCGGAAGUGCAUAAUGUUCGACUGUAUCGCCAACUGGUCCUACGAAGUACGGAGGAGCUGGACCCGCUAACUUUGACCCGCUACCUGCCCUUCUCCGCAAUCGCGGAUCCUCCGCCCUUGUUUCGGAGCUGGCUACCUCCCGAAGUCUCCACCUCAACCGGCCGGGAAUCGGUCAACCCUCUUGCGGGUUCUUGGCACAUGCCGGCCCCCAUCCCCAUCCGUGAAGGCCCGCCCCCCUUUGGUUUGGUACUUCCAUCGCUGAAUGAUUCACGAGCACCGCCUACUUCGAAGAGAUCGACCCAGCCUGGCCAGUCGUGUCAGGCGAAGAGAGGCUCAUGGGUUUCUGUAGCCAAGUAUAUCACGUACCGGGACGUCAUCGUCGAAGCCAAGUCCAACAACGCGUCGGUGGAGCCCAAGAACGGCGACUUCUUCAACUCGCUGAACGUGGAGCACAUCAAGAUGGAACGGGUCUGGGUCGACUCGGACGACGACUGCUUCUCGCCCAAGUCGAACAACACGGACGUCCACUCGCUGGGCUCGCUGGGCCAGUAUGAGGGCGAGUUCGUGUUCGUCAAGGACGUGGUGAUCGAAAACGUGUGGGCGGGGCCGGAGGUGGCCGAGGGCUUCGUGGACAACGUGACGUUCCGCAAUUUCUGCACGGCCAACGGCGUGUGGCCCAUCUCGCUUGAGUCUUGCUAUUUCAACAUCGACCCGGAGACGAGCCGGCGCCACCCGUCCAAGAUGAACGUGACCAACGUGCUCUUCGAGAACUUCCGCGGCUACUCGAGCGGGGCCAACGGGCGGGCCGUCGCUCGCGUCCGCUGCUCGACCAACACGGAGGCCGCUACGUGCCGCAACAUCAGGUUCGAGAACUUCAACGUCACGUCGCCCUGCGGGGGCGAGCCGGUGGUCAUCUGUGACGGGAUCGACAGUGACCUGGGCGUGCCUUACGUUUCUUUCGAUAGCGAGGAGGCGCAGGCUGCGCUGGCCGAUAAGUGCGAGGAGGAGAGGGCAUCCAUUGAAUUGACCCUCCCUGGCCGAGUCAUGAUGUCUCGAUAUCAGCAGCUGAGUGUCGUUUCCUCUACUUGCCUCAACGAGGACAAGGUAGGCAGCUCGUCCAUCUACGACGCACCUAUUUUUGUACCUUUGAUUCCGCAGGCAUCCAUGCGGACGGACGGAGUAGGACGCAGCCGGUGCAUCUUUGAUUGUCCCGACUCCGCUGGCGAAACACGCUUUGCCGUCAAUAAUAGCAUCCGCAAGCUAGAGCAUUUUUCCUUCUGA